AUGCAGGCCCCUGUCUUGGUGAUGAACACCCAGAGCGGUGAGAGGCAGACCGGAAGGAAAGCCCAACUAUCGAACAUCGCCGCCGCCAAAACUGUCGCCGAUAUCAUCCGGUCAUGCCUCGGCCCCAAGGCCAUGCUCAAGAUGCUGCUCGACCCCAUGGGCGGCAUCGUCCUCACCAACGACGGCCACGCGAUUCUCCGCGAAAUCGAGGUGUCGCACCCCGCCGCCAAGAGCAUGAUUGAGUUGAGCCGGACGCAGGACGAGGAGGUGGGCGACGGAACAACAACUGUUAUUAUCCUGGCUGGCGAGAUCUUAGCUCAGGCACUCCCCCAACUCGAACGCAACAUCCAUCCCGUGAUUAUCAUUUCGGCCUUCAAGCGGGCCCUGAAGGACGCGCUCCAAAUUAUCGAAGAUAUCUCUCUCCCGAUUGACAUCAACGACGACAAUGCCAUGCACCAGCUCAUCUCGUCGUCGAUCGGUACCAAGUUCGUGUCGCGGUGGUCGGAGCUGAUGUGCAGCCUAGCGCUCAAGGCGGUGCGCACCGUGACGUGGGAGGUGGGCAACGGCAAGCGCGAGGUCGACAUCAAGCGGUACGCGCGUGUUGAGAAGGUUCCCGGUGGCGAAAUCGAGGACAGUCGUGUGCUGGACGGCGUCAUGCUCAACAAGGACAUCACGCACCCCAAAAUGCGCCGCAAGAUCGAGAACCCGCGCAUCGUGCUGCUCGACUGCUCGCUCGAGUACAAGAAGGGCGAGUCACAAACAAAUAUCGAAGUUACCAAGGAAGAGGACUGGAACCGCAUCCUCCAGAUCGAGGAGGAGCAGGUUAAGGCCAUGUGCGAGCACAUCCUCGCGCUGAACCCGGAUCUAGUCAUUACGGAAAAGGGUGUCUCAGAUCUCGCACAGCACUACCUCAUGAAGGGUAACGUAACCGCGCUUCGGCGGGUACGCAAGACAGACAACAACCGGAUAGCGCGGGCGACAGGUGCCACCAUCGUCAACCGGGUAGAGGACCUGCAGGAGUCCGACGUUGGCACCGAGUGCGGGCUGUUCGAGAUUGAGAAGAUUGGCGACGAGUACUUUACUUUCCUAACAAAGUGCAAGUCGCCCAAGGCCUGCACAGUGCUCCUCCGCGGGCCGUCCAAGGACGUGCUCAACGAGAUCGAGCGCAACCUGCACGAUGCCAUGGGCGUCGCGCGCAACGUCCUGUUCCACCCCCGUCUGUCACCCGGCGGCGGCGCCACCGAGAUGGCCGUGUCAGUACGCCUAGCUCAGAUGGCCAAGAGCAUCGAGGGCGUCCAGCAGUGGCCGUACAAGGCCGUCGCCGAAGCGCUCGAGGUCAUCCCGCGGACGCUGAUCCAGAACGCGGGCAAGAGCCCCGUUCGUGUGCUGACGGACCUGCGGGCCAAGCACGCCGAGGGCAAGAGCUCGUGGGGUGUCAACGGUGACACGGGCGUGCUGGUGGACAUGAAGGACUAUGGCGUGUGGGAGCCCGAGGCGAUCAAGGUGCAGAGCAUGAAGACGGCAAUUGAGUCCGCCUGUCUUUUGUUGAGAGUAGACGAUAUCUGCAGCGCUAAGAAACUGCAACCCGGCGUUGGCACCGGCGGCGGCGGUAUCGAUGAGUAG